AUGGAGCGCUUCAUGAGGGUCGUGCCCUUCUGGCAGCCGCUGCAGGAGAAGGAGAUUUUGCCCACGGCCGAGUCCGACUUGGAGGACGAGAUGAUGGGCAAGCGCGCGCGGGACGCCCUCCUGGGGGCCCUGCUCCUCAUCGGAGUGGCUGUGGCCAUGGCCCAGUUUCUCGCUGCCCUUGGGAACCUCGUAGCUGAGAGGACAGCGUCGAAAAACCCUGUCGCUUCAAGCCUUUACGCCUGUGUGCUGACAGACGACGAGAGCCCCUCCGAGACCAGGCCAAUGCUGAAAGCGCCUGAGGAGGAGAGUGCAGGCAACCCGGUCUACGAGUAUGAGCUCUCUCUGGGGCUUGGAAAAACCGCCAUGCUGCUGGUCUAUUACCUGCUGCACAACGGAUUCCUCUUGGUCCUGAUGUCCUGGUGCAUGCUCAACAACCUGAUGCUGGGAAGCGCGGGCAUCGUCUGGGAGGCCAUGGGUCUCUGGCUGGUCGCCGUGCUUGCUGUCGACGUUCUGGGGUACCUUGGCCGUGCCAUCCAGGCUGCGUGGAUUGGUCGGAAGGUGCCAAGCCCCGCGAUGACAAUCAUCAUGUCUAUCGUUCCCAUUCUGGGACCCCGAGUCGAUCUCCUGAAGGACUGCGUCUUUACGGCUUCCGUAUUGCAGUUGGCCGCCUGUGCGGAAGACGAAGGAACCCGACAAAGGGGCUUUUGGAUCGGAGUCUGCAGCCUGGUGACGUUGUUCACUCCGGGGCCGUUCCUGUUCUGCGACGGUGCGAGCAGGAUGGAGGUUGCCAAGGAGUUCCUUCCCGCACUGGGCGUCCGCCUGAAGGCGGUUGACAGCUCCAAUUCUCUUUUCGAAACCGCUCGGUCCGAAGGGAUUCGCGGUGGUUGGUCGCCGCUGGUGGUGGAUGUUCUUCUCGAGGCUGGGGCUGAGUUCGUCAAGGUCUUGUCGCAGCAGAGCACUCCAGCACGGCUUUGGAUUGCAAUUGGCGAAGAUGUGCCACAGGCCGUCUUGGCCGUGAUGGCGAUGCUCAACUUUCACAAGUUUAGUGGCCUUCUGCUCCUGAACCUUGUCUUCUGCUGCGUGAAGAUCGCAGGCAUCUUGGCCGUCCGGUGGCUCCUCCGGUGGUCGGGUGUGUACACAAUCGACCCGUCUGCCAUCGCGAUCAUGGCGGCGCCGCUCUCGGAUGCCAUCGCCAGACAUGCAAUGUAA